GUCUGUUCCUGGCUGCGACCAUAAGCCGACUGACUGACUUAUACGGCUGCCCCGAAUACCACGCCAGUAGGCGUGACGGAGCAUCUCCGCGUCGGCCCCGCUUUUCGUCGGGGUUCGCCCGCACCGAUCUCGGGCGCUCCCCCCGGCCGGAGCGAAUGCCGCCGCGACGGGCUCCGUCCGUCCGUGUGCCCCAAUCAGCCACACCAUGUAUAACUAGUUACAACUAGUAAGCAAUGUCGUGAUUGCCGCUCGCGAGAAGCGAACAACAACAAGAGCUCAUGUCAAUCGCCAACAAGAUAUCGUUCUCUCCGCGCAUGACUGACUCUGACUCUGUAAACCUGGGACAGCAGGCACCAUGGACGACGGUCAGCAACCCUCGCAGUCACGGGGAUUCAACGCAGAAGCGGCGACGACCAACCCCGACUACGACCUGUCGCAGUCCAUCGCUUCCUCCUCCUCCUCCGCCGUCGGCCUGCGCCAGGGCCUGACCUCGUACGGCGACGCCCACUUCAGCUUGUUCCUUCGCAAGGUCUUCAUCAAGGCGCUCGGGUACGGCGAGGACGCCCUGGCGCGGCCCAUCGUCGGCAUCAUCAACACGCACUCGGGCUUCAACCCGUGCCACGCCAACGUGCCCCAGCUCAUCGAUGCAGUCAAGCGCGGCGUACAGCUGAGCGGCGGGUUGGCCGUCGAGUUCCCGACCAUCAGCCUGCACGAGAGCUUCUCCUCACCGACGAGCAUGUUCCUGCGCAACUUGAUGAGCAUGGACACGGAGGAAAUGAUUCGGGCCCAGCCUUGUGAUGUUGUCGUUGCUAUAGGAGGUACGUCUCAUACAUGAAUUGCGCUUUCAUACAAGACAAGGCGUCAAGUCUCUGUAAACAUCUUCAGAGCGUCCCACUUACAGAGACUGCGACUAGGAUGCGACAAGACUGUCCCCGCGCAGCUCAUGGGCGGUCUCUCCGCCAACAAGCCCCUCCUUCCGCUCCUCACUGGCCCAAUGAUGCCCGGCUCCCACCGCGGCGAACGCAUCGGUGCCUGCACCGACUGCCGCAGCAACUGGGCGCGCUUCAGGGCCGGGACCAUCGACAUCGAGGAUAUUUCGGCCGUCAACGACGAGCUGGCUCCUACCGCGGGCACCUGCGGCGUCAUGGGCACCGCCAGCACCAUGGCCUGUCUGCUCGCCGCCCUGGGCCUCAUUCCGUUGGCGGCCGGCGCGUCCGCCCCGGCGGUUUCGGCUGCGCGACUGCGCGUGGCUGAGGAGACUGGCCGAAACGCGGUGCGCAUGUGUAGUGACGUGGACGCAUGGCGCCCGCAAAGGGUGCUGACCAAGGAGUCUUUCAUCAACGCAGUGACUGUCCUACAAGCCAUCGGUGGCUCCACCAAUGCAGCAGUUCACCUCAUGGCCAUCGUGGGCCGACACCCAAGCGUGGCCGGAACCAUCACGUUGGGUACCAUCGAUGAGAUUGGCCGACGGACGCCGCUCCUCGUAGACCUGAAGCCGAGUGGGGAGAAUUACAUGACUGAUUUCCAUAACUCUGGUGGCAUGCUUGCGCUCCUUCACCGUUUGAAGCCUCUUCUUGAGCUUGGCGCCAUGACAUACACCGGAAGAACCCUUGGUGAAGAACUCACAUUGCAAAGUCCAAUUCCGGUUCCCCAGCAUCUGAGCUGUAUCCAGCCCUUGUCCGAGCCGAUGUAUUCGUCAUCAUCACUUGUCGUCCUCAGGGGCAACCUAGCACCUGGUGGCUCCGUUAUGAAAGCCAGCGCCUCCAAGGACCGUCGCCUGCUUCGUCACCGUGGCCGUGCCGUUGUCUUUGCGGGCCCUGCCGACCUGGCUAGACGCAUCGACCACCCCGCGCUCGAUGUCACUCCAGACAGUGUUCUCUUGCUGCAGAACAUAGGCCCUGUUGGAAACCCAGGAAUGCCCGAGGCAGGACUGAUCCCGAUCCCCCGGAAGCUGGCGGAGAAGGGGGUGCUGGAUAUGCUUCGGAUCUCCGACGGUCGUAUGAGCGGCACUGCUGGUGGCACCAUCGCUUUGCACAUUUCUCCUGAGAGCGCGGACCCAACGUCUGUGUUCGGCGUCAUGCGCGAUGGUGACGUGAUUGUCUGCGACGUAGAGAGGCGAUUGCUGGAGGUAGACAUCUCCGAUGCGGAGAUACAGCGCAGGAUAUGGGAGCGGCAGCAAAAGCUGCAGGCAGAUACGCCUUGGGUUGCGAGGGAGCAAACCAGGGGUUAUCGCGGGCUGUACAUGCGAUCAGUCAACCAGGCGCAGUACGGCGCUGACUUUGACUUUCUCACUGCGGCAGGGCCCUCAAAAUGAACUUUGCUCGCCCUCCUGGAUCUCUUUCACCCAGACGAGUGUGACUUGCGACUUUCAGCCAGAGUUGCCUCUAUUCGAGCCGAAAUCGUCAAACAACCCCUGCAUCAUCAUGUCCAUGUUUGUGUCGCUCCCAUCCAGAUAGUCGGCGAAUGAGCCGGUAGUGAGAAAAUCAUCAAAGAGGUUCAUAGGUAUCUCAAAUACGCCCGCCGUCUCCAGGUUGACAUUCACCGCGGCUGGUGUCACCGUGUUGUCGCAUCCCGGCAAACCCGUCAACGCGUUGCCCUGCUCGGCAAUUACUGUGCUCCUCGUUCGACGCCGCUGUGUCGUGGGUGAUUCAAUCUGACGCCCGGACUCGACUAGUUGUCGGAUUAUCGAUCGGCCCAGGUCGUUCAGAAUAUCGCGGCAGCGCUUUGCUCCUGACCAAUGUUCCCCUGUCGCACUCAGUAUACUUGAGCUGAUAUUCAGGUCAGACAUCAGGGUUGUAAUAUCCGCGUCCUGUGCAAUCUUGGCCACCGUUUUCAGGCAAUAGAGUAGAGUCAAUGUGCUGAGCGCCAAAGAAUAGAAUGUCGUCCAGCUGUGUACCAAAAGAUUCUUACGAUACAACUUGUCGAAUAUGUGAAGGC